CCUGGUGGACUCAGCUCAGGCGCUCCGAACGGCAGUCCCACUUCCCGUGAGGAAUCGCUACUUCACAGCGCCGUGCUACGACUCCUACCCUUUUUCUCCAGAUCCCCCCUCCCUCUUAUUUCUGUCCUCCUUCUCCUCCUCCUUCUUCUCCUCCCCCGCGGAGAGAGCUGCCUCUACGGCUCCAACCUCCGUCGGCUCUCCAGUUACUCACCUCGGCGGCGGCAGCGCAGCGGCGCAAAGCCAGCAUGUUACAACAACAGCAGCAAACAACGGCGGCGGGAUCGCGAAAUGGGCCCGGCGUGCGAGAGCCAAGCCUGGCGGCUCACCCGUCCAUGCACCCCAUGAACCCCGCACACCUCCAGUCGCCCUCGCACCACUCGGGAAACCUGCACGAGAACGGGGCCGAGACUCGGAGGGACAUCGGCGACAUCCUGCAGCAGAUCAUGACCAUCACCGACCAGAGCUUGGACGAAGCGCAAGCAAAAAAGCAUGCUUUAAAUUGCCACCGGAUGAAACCUGCUCUGUUCAGCGUUUUAUGCGAAAUCAAAGAGAAAACCGGCCUAUCUGUACGAAGCACCCAAGAUGAGGAGCCUGUUGAUCCACAGCUUGUCCGACUAGACAACAUGUUACUAGCUGAAGGUGUGGCUGGGCCAGAGAAAGGGGGUGGAGCUGCAGCAGCAGUCUCUGCUGCAACAUCCUCUGGUGGGGUAUCGCCUGAUAAUUCCAUGGAACAUUCCGAUUAUCGUAGCAAACUGAGCCAGAUCCGACACAUUUACCACGCAGAGCUGGAGAAAUAUGAACAAGCAUGCAAUGAGUUCACAACACAUGUAAUGAAUCUGUUACGAGAGCAGUCCCGCACAAGACCGGUGUCACCUAAGGAAAUAGAGAGAAUGGUAACCAUCAUCCACAGGAAGUUCAGCAGUAUUCAGAUGCAGCUGAAACAGAGCACAUGUGAGGCUGUGAUGAUUCUCCGCUCGCGCUUCCUGGAUGCAAGGCGAAAAAGGCGAAAUUUCAGUAAGCAGGCAACAGAGGUUCUAAAUGAGUAUUUCUACUCUCAUUUGAGCAACCCAUACCCCAGUGAGGAAGCCAAAGAGGAACUUGCAAAGCAGUGUGGUAUCACUGUGUCCCAGGUGUCAAAUUGGUUUGGCAACAAGAGAAUCCGUUAUAAGAAAAACAUCAGCAAGUUUCAGGAGGAGGCUAACAUCUAUGCAGUGAAGACUGCUAUUGGAGCAACACAGGGUGGCGAUUCCCCUGGGACCCCCACAUCUGCAGGUUCAGGUGGCUCUUUCAACGUUUCGGGCUCUAGUGAUAUGUUCAUGGGGAUGCAAGGAUUAAAUGGGGACUCGUACUCCGCAUCACAAGCAGAGUCUCUUGGUCAGGCUGUUGCUCCUGGUGGCUACGCAGACAGACUGGGCGCAAGUCGACUUUACAGCCCCCGAGAGGUCAGGGCCAAUGGAGGCUGGCAGGAUGCGGCCACGCCCACUUCUCUGACAUCACCAGGGAGUGAUCACUCUGACAACUCCAACUAGCUGCCCCUUACCUCCAGUUGGCUUGGAGUGCAUUUUAUAUUUGGGGUUUGGGGCAGAAUGUGUAUUUUUGAUUUUUUUUUUUUUUUUGUUUGUUUCUUUUCCUUG